AUGGAAUCCCAAAAUUAUGACUAUAUUGUGCUUGGGGGAGGAAGUGGCGGUAGUGGUAGCGCUCGUCGUGCUGCGAGUUCAUUUGGUGCGAAGACUCUCAUUGUAGAAAGUGGACGUUCAGGAGGAACUUGUGUGAAUGUCGGAUGCGUUCCUAAGAAAUUAACCUGGAAUCUUGCAUUUGUCAAUGAAAUGAUCGAAGCAAGCAGAAAAUACGGUUAUAAUAUUCCAGAUGAAGUCACUGUUGAUUACAGUUCCUUCAAAGCUAAACGUGACGCGAUUGUAAAACGGCUCAAUGGCGUUUACGAGCGAAACUGGAAGAAAGAAACCAUUGAUCUGGUGCGAGGACGAGCUUCGUUCGUGUCUUCGCAGACAAUUGAAGUUACAAGGUCGGACAAUCUGCGCAAAAUACAGUACACAGCGCCACAUAUUCUCAUUGCGACUGGAGGCCGACCAAACAUUCCAGACCUACCUGGCGCUCAAUACGGCAUGACGAGUGAUGGAUUCUUUGAUUUAGAGGAACUUCCAUCUAAAGUAGCAAUUGUUGGAGCUGGCUAUAUUGCAGUUGAACUAGCUGGAGUCAUGGCAGCUCUCGGAGUGGAAACACAUAUGUUCAUCCGAGGUUCUCAUCUUCUCAGGAAGUUCGAUCCUAUGAUACAAAGCACGAUCACCAAUCAUUACGAGCGCGCUGGUAUAACAAUUCAUCGGGAACACCGUGGGUUUGCGGAAGUUCAGCUACUCAAAAGUGGGGAGAACAACCAUAAGUUUUUAAAGUUAGUUAACCAGGAUGGAUCGGAAAUCAUAGUGAAUGAUAUUUUAUGGGCGAUUGGCCGCAGCCCAGAAAUUUCGGAUUUACAACUUGAUCGACUCGGGAUCGACUUAAACAGCUCCGGUCGCGUCAGAGUCGAUGAAUAUCAAAACACUUCAGUGAAGGGUAUAUAUGCACUUGGAGACGUUACGGGUCAAGCUGAGUUAACUCCAGUUGCCAUCGCAGCAGGCCGCCAGCUGAGCAAUCGUCUAUUUGGUCCCCCCGAAUUUGCAGCUUCAAAAUUAUCCUAUGAAAAUAUCCCAACUGUCGUUUUUGCACACCCCGAAAUCGGUUCUAUUGGACUCACAGAGCCUAUUGCACGGCAAAAAUAUGGCAAUAGCCAGAUAAAAAUCUAUCACACCAAGUUUACUGCCAUGUUCUACGAUAUGUGGACAGAAGAUGAGAAGACGAAAUUUCCGACAGAAAUGAAGCUAAUCUGUACUGGACCUAACGAAAGAAUAAUUGGCAUGCAUAUACUAGGCCUGGGAGUAUCUGAAAUGUUGCAAGGAUUUGGGGUGGCAGUCAAAAUGGGUGCUACAAAGAGUGACUUUGAUAAUUGCGUGGCAAUUCAUCCUACAAGCGCGGAGGAAAUUGUGACUUUGCGUUGA